AUGUCAGGCCGGGAAGGUGGCAAAAAGAAGCCUUUGAAACAGCUCAAGAAGCAGGCCAAGGAAAUGGAUGAGGAAGAUAAGGUUUUCAAGCAGAAACAAAAAGAGGAACAGAAGAAACUUGAGGAGCUAAAAGCCAAGGCCACGUGGAAGAGACCCCUGGCCAAAGGUAGAAUUAAGAAAUCUGGCAAAAAGUAA